AAAUUUGACAUAACUCCACCAGAAAAGAAGAAGAAGAGAGAGAAGAAAGAAAAGAAAGUAGAAGAAGAGAAGAAAGAGCCAGAGCCAGAGCCAGAGAAAAAGAAAUUUGACAUGUAA